GUAAGAGAUCAUUUUGAACUGUCAGUUUAACGAAACUGCAAUUGCUUUGCAACUAAAGCUCUAAAAUGUGGUUCAUCGUCGUUGUUUUAGCCUCAAUCAUUGGAGAAAUAAUUGGACUUGGUGAGACAAGUGGACCCUCAAGUAGUAUAGGAGAAUAUCCAUCGACAAACGUUGCACCCAAACCGUAUUCUUUCAAUUAUCAUACAACAGACGAGCUGGGAAACACCCAAUUCAGACAAGAGCAAGGAGACCACACUGGGACCGUAAUCGGAAGUUACGGUUACAGACAUACAAACGGCUUGUACCGUUCUGUAGAAUACAUAGCUAACAAAGGCGGAUUCAAAGCUCAGAUCAAAACAAAUGAGCCUGGUGUUGGACUCAGUGGUCCUGGUCCAGCAGAUGUACACAUUUCAGGCGAGCCAUCGCCACCAGGACUGCAGGAAGCAUUCAACAACCGAAGAAAUCCAGCAGUUUCUGUCCCUGCUGUCGUCAGGUCAGGUUAUUCAGGAAAGAAAGUCUGAAUAGUGCCAGGUAUCUUUCAGAACUGAAUUUGAAUAUCUUACUGCUUGAGAUAGGUCUUUGCUAAAUGAUUGUGUCUGGGAAAGAAUUGCUUUGUGUUGGACGUGGAAUGUUUAAACAGUUUAUGCAACUAUUACUACCUCAAUUGAUGAUUUCUAACUACCUCAUUAAAUUUUUCCUGGAUAACAAUUGUUGUGUCUUGCAUUUAAGGAUCAAGAAUGAUGUAGAGUAUAAUUAAGCACUGUAUACUAUUUAUUGUGUAUUUAAUAAACAUUUAAACUUGAUAAUUUGUCUUUGAUUCACUGUAAAAUUUUGUUAACUAUUGGAAUAUGUUUUUUAAUAUUUGUCUUAAAAUUAGACGAUGUUUGUGGGGAAUGUGUUCAUUAAACAGUCUUUUACUUUUACCAUAUUUUACUGAAGCUGUCAUUUGUACUCUGAGAAAAAGGUAUGGUCAAAUUUAUCAUGUUAUCUGGCUCUAUGG